CUGCGCGAAUGGAGAUGCAGACUAUUUAGGUCUCUCUCAUAACUAGAUACACAGUACAGCUUUCAAAUUGUUCCUGGCCAAUAGCAGAUCAUCAUCGUGGACCCCAGUCGAGUCCUGGGGGUUGUCGGUUUACCUGCCAGUGAUUUGGUUUGAAUGACACACCAGGACGAAUGGCACACGAGGAGGAGAUAAAAGAGAUGCCGGAGAGAAGGCUGGUGCUGAUCGGUGGUAGACGGGAUGGUAAAAGCUCCUCGGCCAACACGAUACUGGGAGAAGAACGGUUCGAAUCCGGCCGGACUCGAACAGCUCAAUCCGAAGUGAGACAUGGAAUAGUGGGGGGCCGGAACCUGGUGGUGGUUGACACUCCGGGAUGGAAGAGCUCUCCCUCCCUCAGCGAGAUCCCAGAAAGAGACAAGCAACAAUUUAAGCUCUACGCAUCCAAGUGUCCACCUGGACCGCAUGCUUUCGUCCUUGUCAUCCCCACAGAUUCUAGGUUCUCCUUCAAGCAGAAGAAGACUUUGCAGGAACACAUGACGCUGCUGGGGGAACAGGCGUGGCGAUACAGCAUGGUGCUGUUCACCUUUGGAGACUACCUGGACAACAACACCAUUGAGCAGCACAUUGAGCGUGAGGGUGAAGCGCUCACCUGGCUGAUAGAAAAGUGCCAGAACAGGUAUCACGUGCUCAACAACGAGGACAAGAACAAUUCAUCGCAGGUUACUCAGCUGAUGGAGAAGAUUGACGAAAUGGUCGAUGACAACGAUAACAGAUUCUACGUGCUGGACAAUCACACAUUCCACAACAUCGAGAAAAAGCAAGAAGAAGUGGCUCAAAAGGCCGAAGAGCGAUCGAGGCGGGCCUUGGAACAAAGAGAGCAAAUGAAAAUGAUUGUUUCAGAAAUGGAACCCAUCCAGCAACUUCGUAUUAUUCUCCUGGGCAGCCGCUUUGUCGGGAAAACCUGCGUAGGGAACACCAUCUUGGGAAUCAAAGAAAACGACGAAGGAAGAACAACGCUCUCCGAGGUCCUGCAGGGCUCAGUGGGCAGGACCGACAUUAUAAUUGUGGACACCCCAGGUUGGCAGAAAGCCUUCCUUGCGUGCGACACGCCGGAAAUGAUCAAGGACAGGAUGCUGCAAAGCAUGUUCAAGUGCCUCCCGGGCCCCCACGUUUUCUUGCUGGUGAUCGACGCAGAUGCCUCGUUUAACACCCGGCACCUGGAUGCAGCCACCUCUCAUGUAGAGCUGUUCGGAGAGGGUGUGUGGAAACACACAUUGGUGGUGUUCACCCGAGCAGACUGGCAAGGGUCGCACGCCAUAGAAGAGUACAUCGAGAGCGAGGGGAAAGCCCUGCAGUCGCUUGUGGAGCGAUGCUGGAACAGAUAUCACGUUUUGGACAAGAUGAACAAAGACAACGGCACCCGGGUUGACGAGCUGCUGGAGAAAAUCACGCUGACUCUGGCAGGGAACGGACGGCGACAUUUUCAACCCGAUCAGAUGAUGAUGGAGGCGUUGAUGGAGAGAGAAAAAAAAGUGGAAAACGCCGCCAAACUGAGAAGUCAACUCAAGGCCACCAGAGUAGACAAAGGUUCUGCCCAAAACCUGAAGGAGCUGAGAAUUUUGAUUCUUGGUGAAAAGAUGUCAGGAAAGACAACAGCAGCAAAUUGCCUCCUGCGGAGCAACGUGUUCCCCACGAAUGACGAGUGUCUGGCCAGGGAGGCGCAGGUCGCUGGCAGGCAAGUCACAGUGGUCGACACCCCGGGCUGGUAUAGCGAGGCCCAAUGCACCUGGGCGCAGGACCGAGAAAUAGUCCGAGGUCUGAGCCUGAGCCCUGAGGGGGUCCACGCUGUUCUGUUUGUGAUUUCCCUGGAUUUCAAAUUCACCAAGGCCAAUCAGGAGACCCUGGAGGAUCAUAUUAAGCUCUUUGGCGACAGCGUCUGGAACCAUACAAUGGUUCUGUUCACAAACGUGGACACCUUGGCAGACAGACCCCUGGAGGAGUAUAUCGAGAGGGAGCACAGAGCGCUGCAGUGGUUGGUAGACAAGUGUGGAAACAAAUACCACUGUCUGAACGUUGCAGAGACAAGCAACAUUCGCCAGCACGACCAGCUGUUUGAGAAGAUAGAGGAGAUGUCAGCAAAGAACCAGGGCCGCCUCUUCCGAGCCGACAUAAAAGACAUCCACCCGAGGAUUGAUGAGAAGUUCCAGAAGAAGAAAAUCAAAGAUACUGUGCAACAUUUGAUAGAGCAGCAGUGCAGGAGCCGAGAGCUGGAACUGUUGAAGGGCUUCAAGGAGAAGCUCGAAAAGCUGCAUCAGGACAUAAAGGAGAUUGUCCCCGCUCCAGUGGCACUAAGCACAGGUUUCAAGGCCAAGGUGAAGAAGAAAUCUGUCCUGUCAGAUAUCGAACAAGAGAUUGAAGAGCUGAAUAAGAGCAUUUUCAAGUUAAUGCAUCUUCGUCGGAACAGCAUGGACUUAAUCAGUAGCUUGAGUGGAUCCACCCAAGGCAUGGAUGACGAUCUCAAAUGUCUGUCUACGCUUCAAAUCAGCACAAAUCAAGACUCCCAGCUCACACUCGACUUUUCAGAGUCAUCGAGAUAGGAAGGCAGUUCUUUUUGCUUUCACAUUGCAAGUUGAUUGGAAAGUUCGGCUUCGAGAUGAGGCGCGUUUUGAUGGCUUUUUUUCAUGUCAUGUUUCAUUUGUGUUGACAUAUUCAAUAUGUCUUCCUUUCUCAUAUUUGUCAGUACAGCAACCUUACUUGUACAGCAGUACAAGUAAGUAAUAGGUAAACUCCACGAGUAAUUGACACCCACCCAAAAAGGUUUUUAUUCUAAUUUAUUUAUUCUAAGGUUAUGACCUGCCUGAAACAAAAAGAAACUCCUCCCCUCAGUUCAUCAUAGUUGCCUGGCAACAAGAUGCUACUUUUCUCUGGUGUAGCGUGUGGGUCAUAAAAAGUUAUGUAUAUUUCGUGCUAGCAGUGACGUCGCCAAUAAAUGUUUCUAUAUAUGUGUACAAUGUAUUUAUAUAUGUAUGGAUUCACUGUAAUAAAAUUUUAAUAUUGAAUAAAUUGUAAAAAAAAAAUAAUAAUAAUUCCUAAGUUGCUAUUGGCUGUGCUAAAUUCCAAAUAUGUUAAAAAAAAAAAAAAAAAAGCAUCUCUGAAGAUACACACGCUUCUUGCCUUGAGUGUGAACCAUGAUUUUGUUGAUUCAAAAGUAUUGAGACAGUUGGGUAUUAUAACCUCACAUCAUAAUAUUGGAAUCAUUCAACUUGUCCUAAAUAUCUUGCUCAGAAUUAAGAUUUAGGGGAUAGUAAAGGACUGUAUGCUAUCCCCUGAUUGCUAAAUGAAUUGAUUUAUAGCGCCGCAUCCAUUACUGUACGUGCUGGGGUGCAAAUAACAAUUUUGGUCUGGUUGUGGGUCACCAGAGGUUGUUGCUUGGUGCUAAUUUUUUCCCCCGAAUUUAACGACGUACAGUAUGGGACAGUGCGAUCGGCUGAUUUGGUGCACUUUUCUUGGGCAGCAGUCCUCCGUCUCUUUUGCAGCACGGACCGGUUUCACGUAAAGACGCAUUUCAUAAUUACUUCAUGAAGCGAUUCCAUUUUGUAUGUUCGCUCAAAAGAUUGUUUUUUUUUUUUAACGAGUCGUUCACAAAAUACCCAAAAAUUGCUUGGUCCACAAAUGUACAGGGACACAGUUGAAUCUGAUGUGCUUUUAAUAUUUCCAGUGCAUUCCAGUUUUGCAUUGUGUGUUAGCAUUAAGCUAGUGGACUGUGGUUGUUUGAAAUACAUGUGAAAUUAUUUUAGUUUUGUUUUUUUUUUUGAUGGUGAACUGGGAGUGGCCAUAAACAGCUUGAAGCCUCUUUUCUGAAGUUUUUUUUUUUUUUUUAAA